AUGAAGACGAAGAAAGGCGGCGGUGCAGAAGACGAGAGGCGGACAGAGGCGACAACCAAGACGGCGAAGAAGAAGGGCGACGGUGAUGAAGCAGCAGCGGCAGUGGUGCUGAGGAUGGAGCUGCACUGCGACGGGUGCGCGCUCAAGGUGAGGAAAGCCAUCAAGGGCGCGCAGGGCGCGGAGAGCGUGAGGACGGACGUGGCGGCGGGUACAGUGACGGUGGCCGGCAAGGCCGACCCCUGGGACCUUAGGGACCGCAUCCAGGCCAGGAUGGCGCGGCACAAGCCCGCCAUCGAUAUCGCUUUCGUCUCCCCGGCCAAUCCCCCUCGACCUCCGCCCAAGCCCAAGCAGCAGGAGCAGCAGCAGGGGCGGCGGAGUAUCAACAAGAACAAGGACGACGGCGCCGCCGCAAAGGACAGCAAGGGCAAAGGCCGCCAUGACAAGGACGGUAACAAACAGAUGCCGCCGCCGGAAUCGACGGUGGUGCUCAACAUCCAGCUUCACUGCAAAGGCUGCACUGACCGGAUCAAACGCAAAGCCAACAAGAUCGAAGGGGUGAAGCAGGUGACCGUCGACACGGGCAGGGAGCAGGUGACCGUGAAGGGCACCAUGGACGCCAAGGCCCUCCCCGACGUCCUCAGCGCCAAGCUCAAGCGGCGGGUCACCACCGUGGUGGUCCCGCCCAUGACCAACAAGAAGAAGGUCAAGGCCGCCGCUGCUACUGAUGGUGGCGGCGAUAACCAUGAUGGCAACACGGAGCAGGGUGAGCCCAGCAGUACUGCUGGUGGCGCCAAGAAGAAGAACCAGAACUGGAAGAAACAGCAGCGAGGAGAGGCCGCAGCUGUACCCGGCGAUGACCACGACGACGAGAUGGCUUCUUGGAUGUCGGAGGAGCAGCAGUACCCGAUGACGAUAUUCCCGGCGUCGUACGGAAGAGGAGGAUCAGUAGGGUCGUCGUACCGCGUCGAGUUGCUGCAGGGGCCGCAGCCGUUCAGCGAUGAGAACCCCAAUGCAUGCUCCCUCAUGUGA